AUGAUGCUCUACCGUGUCAUUAUUGCUGCCGGCCUUUUUGUCACUGCCCUCGCAGACGGCCCCGCCAUCGUGUCGGCCCUUGAGAAAAUCACUGGCGAUACAAAGUCUCUCAAUGACGACGUUUCAUCAUGGAACGGCGGUCUGCUAGGGACGAUUCCCAUCGUCGCGGGCUCCACAACGCUCCUCGCCUCCAUCCACGAGGGUCAAAAGACGGCCGAGGCCUCGGAGCCACUGACCCUCCUCGACGCCAUCGGUGUCGCCGUGGCCACGCAGGCCCUCGCCAAAGAGGUCAACACUACCAUCUCAACCAUUGUCGCCGCCAAGCCCAAGUUUGACCACCUAUUGCUAAGUCCUGUUAUUUUGAUCAACCUUGGGCUCGAGAAGAAGGCUACGGUUGGGUUUAGUGAUGCUAUUAUCGAAAAGUUGCCUGUGGAACAGCAGCCGCUCGGGGCACAGCUUGUCAAGCCAAUUUUGGAUUCUUUUGAUCUGGCUAUUGAUGUCUAUAAUCCAUUCUAA